AUGUUUCUUGCCGUCGCUAUGCUAUUAAAUACUAUUAGUAUUCCAAAGAAAUUUGUGAAGAAAUAUGGAGAUAAGCUUUCAAACCCAGUACUUCUUAAGCUUCCAAAUGGUUCAGAAUGGCCGGUAGAACUCAGAAGAUGGGAUGGUAAGGCUUGGUUUGACAAUGGUUGGCCAGACUUCUCUGAGUUUUACUCUCUACGCUGUGGUCACUGGCUAGUAUUUCAAUAUGAAGGGAAUUCCAAAUUCAACGUGUUCAUAUUUGAUAGAAGUUGCACAGAGAUUGACUAUCCACAAGCAAUGCCCCAGAUGGAAUCAGCUGAUCAAGAUGAUGAUUUAGACGAUUAUUCAACCCAUAGGGGGAAAUCUACAUUUCCUUGUACUAGGCCUCACAAGAAAAACAGAACAAGUUCAAGUGGAAAAGCUAAUUUUCCCGCUAAUAAACGUGGAGAAGGCAAAUCUAAUACUCGAAGAUUCAAGAAACAAAGACCUGGGUAUGUUGGGAGGAUGAAUCCAUUGACUAAGAAUGGAAAAGCUACAGCUCUUGAUAGAGCUGAGGUCUUCAAAUCUCAAAACCCUUCUUCUUUCCAUGUUGCCAUGAAGCCAACUUAUCUUCGACGAUUCUUGUGGUUGCCCUCUGAGUAUCGCAAUCUACAUCUUGUGAGGGAUUCUAGUAAGGUUACCCUUCGAGCUUCGGAUGGGAGAACUUGGCAUGUUGAUAUGAAUUACGAUAAAAGAAAUCCAAUUUCACUUUCUGUAGAGUGUCACUUUGGUGCUUUGUUAGUGUCAAAUGCAAUUCUGGUGUUUGCGUGA